AUCAACCACUGUUGAUACAGUCCUUAACCCUUUAGUGCCCUACGGUACCCAAAAGUACCACAGCAAAUAAUCGGCUAUAUUUCGAAGUGCUCAUCAGUUCUGACCGCUUAAGCUUGUGGGUAUCGUCGAGUACCAUGCGUUUUCCCCCACCGUCAAAUGCCCCUGCUUAUGCAUGGCGUGUUUGGCGCUCUUUCAGCCAGUAUUGGCGAAUCCAACUACCGUUGAGGGCGCUGCGAACUAUCAACAAAUAUGGAGGAAUUUUUCAUAUCGAUAAUGAUGAUCAUUCAACAGGAAAAAUGGAACAUUAUUUAAGCUUGACGACUGUUUUCAAAUAUUUGGAUGCUACUCCAAAUAGUAGAUGUUUUGUUGAGGGUGAACAAGUGCUCAAUAGCAGGCAUCUUAUAUUGAUGGGAAUCAUUGAUGGAAAAUUAAAUUCUGAUGGUAUUUAUUCCUCCAUCAAAAUAAUGGCCCUUUGCCUCCAAACUAGCGCCCUUUUGACUGGUAAACCUCAUGAGGUAUCUGGUUUGUUGGAGCUGGACACAUCUGAAGAAAUUUGGAAAAUUAUUACAUUUAUGUGUUCAUGUAAAGCUGGAGCGGAAGAUGCAAGCAUGUUUCCGCAACACUUCUGA